AUAUCAAGUGAAUAAGGCCGAGCCACAUGAUGACGAUGGAUCGUCUACGGUUGUUUACCCUAUAUGAGGAAGAGGAAGACAUAAAAGAGUUUGAGGAGAAUAAUGCAAAAGAGGAAAUAGAACAACCAGAGGAAUUAAAGGAUUUGCAUGACAUAGAAAAGGAAAGUCAAGAAAAUGGAAAACUAGAACAAGCACUUUUAAAAUCUGUAAAUGACUUAAGGGAAACUGUAGAACCACUGCAGGGGCCUUUGCAUGCACCAUCAGAAGUUGACAGUCUUGCAGAAUUGCCCAGGGAAGUAACAGGGAGCCAAGUAAAAGUUGCAGAUAGAUUAGAGGAACCUGAAACAGAAGUUGAGGAAAUUAUUGAAAAUCCAGGCAUAGAUGACACACUAUGGAACACUUCUGAUGGAUUAGAGGAAGGUGCAGAGUAUCCUACAUCAGAUAGUAAAGGGCCCAAUGAAACAUUUGAGGAACCCUGUGAGUCCAUUGAAGGGCCAGAACAGUUUUCAAAAGCUGGGGAGUUUGUAGAAUUUGUAGAAGCUGUAGAAGCACCUGUACCAGAUAAGGAAGCAUCGGGACUUGAGGCUGUUGAAACUCUAGCAAAACCUGAGGAAGUCACAGGACCUCAAGAGUUGCUUUCAGCAUCACCAAGAGCUGCUGAAGAAACAGGCAAUAAUAGUGAAAGGCCAGUAGAAACAGCUGAGCAGCCAAUUAGUACCUCAAAUCACACAGAAAUACUGCAAGUAAGAGGAGAUUGGGAAGGUGCUGAAGAAAUAUCCCCACAACCAAGUACAAGUAUGGCAGAAUUACCACUUUCUCGUUUAGGAACCUCAUAUGGGACACGCCCUGCAACUUCAGGGAAGAAUUAUGGAAACGAUGAUGUGCGACCAAUGACACGAGGUUCAGGGAUGCCAGUUGAACGCACUGCACCAGCAGGUGGUGAACGCCCCUUUUCAAGGGGUGUGAACGUGAUUGACCGUCCUCCUUCACACACUGUCAUAGGAAUGGAAUCACGUCAGCCGUCCGCUUUUGGGGAGCGUCCACUGACACGUCAUAGCCAGGGAGAUGGAACAAGUCGACCUACAACAUCUGGUCGACCUAUAACUGCUAGACCAAUCAGUGCUGCUUUAAAGGGAGCACCUGGUACUGCUUCCAGGCUUUUAUCAACUGCAAGUAUGCAACGACCUGGGUCAAGGACUGGUGUAGCUACUGGUAUAGGAUUCAAUACUCCUAUCAGUGUUGUGGAUCGUCCUAUUACCCAGCAGGGUCUCAGCGGUAUGAAGACUGGAGUCAGAGGACCACAAAGACAGGUGCAAGAUAAGAGUUACUUCAUGGGUUUGCUACGAACAAGAAUAACAGAUUUGGGUGGGGAAAUAACACGACUAAAUUCAGAUAUAUCGUCUAUGAAGCAAGAGCAGUCCACAUUUUUGACUUAUGAUAAGCGUGUGAAGGAGAUGGCUCAGGAACUAACUGAGCUGCAGGGGACACUGGGCGAUUAUAAUCUGCUUCUAGACCUGGUCAACACUGAUACUGAAAAACUUGAAAUAGAUGAGGAAACCAAAGCCCUGAGGGAAACUAAUCAAGAGAACAGACACAAAUUAGAUGCACUGUUUACACGAAAACAGGAUCUUGAGUCCAUGAUGAGGCAGUUAGAAGCAGAAAUUGAAGAGGAAAGACACAUGGGAGAAAGUCUUGUGGAAGCUAUGCAGCCAGCUCUGCGUAAUAAAUAUCUUGAUUUAAGAAAUUUGAAUGGCUCCCUGCUACAACAUCUUGAUCAAAUGCAACAUGAACUAGAUGCUUUAGAGAACCGCAAAGCUGGCUUAGAGGAUGAACUUACCACAUCAAAGGUAAAGCAAGAUGCUGUGGUCUUGUAUGAGAAGUUGCAAGAGUUGGAAGAGAAGAGAGAUGAAAUCAUCUAUGAAAAUCAGAAACGGGGAACACCCAAGGAGGAGAGAGAAAGACUACUUCUUCAGGUAAAGGAAGAUAAUGGAGAAAUAGCAACAAUGGAAAGGCAGAUUGGGGAGGUUCAAGAGCAGAUUAAAGGUAUUCAAGAUGAAACUAAUCAGUUAGACCAAGAAUUAGAAGAAAACCAGAGUGAGCGCAGUCAAAAAUACCGUGAACUGCGCAAAAGAGAAGAGACGAUGGAUCAGUUUUUAGCCACUUUUGAAGAAAACAAAGCUGAAGAAGCAAAGAGGUUGGAGGGAUUAGAGAAUAACAAUGUAGCAUUAUUGGAAAAAUUGUCUCGCAACAUGGCUCACUUUGCUCUUUUACCUAAUGCCCGGGACUUUGACAUCAUGAGAGGUGACCUUGCUUUUAAGGAAGGGGAACUGGAGAAAUCAAAAUUCACUGAACAGGGCCUGAAGCAUGAAAGACUCAGCCUUCAGGCAAACUUGCAAAAGAUUGAAGCCUUAGAAAACAAAGUGCAGAAUGAAAUGGUUGAGCUGAAAGAAAAGUUGGCUCGCAUGGAGACAGAAUUGAUUGAGUUCUCCGAUUUGGAUAGUUUGAAAACAAAGUUGGAAGAAAAGAGAAAAGAACUUGUCAAGCAAAAGGAUGAAUUGGAACACAGAAAAACUUCUAUUAAGCAGAGUGUCCAAGAUGUUACAAAUGAAGUCAGUACACUUAAGACUCAUCUGAAUGAGAAUGAAACCUAUACACAACUGGUAAGCCUGGAAAAGAAAUGGUCCCAUCUUGAACAAACUAACUUCACGCUUAGGGAAUUCAUAGCUCAAAAGAAGGCGGAGUCAAACUUUUUACCCCUUAAAAAUCAGGCAAUGCAUCUUGUUAUGGAAUACAAUAAGAUACUGCAUGAGGUAGUACAAAGUACUGGUGCCGUAAUGUAAAACUCUUUUGUAGAUGCGAACAAGUAAUGUUUUAUGUAGUACAUAACCCUUUAUUUUAACAUAAAUAUAAUUGAUGGGUUUGAGACGAAACAAUUAUUUUUGUUACACAAAACAAGGUUUUUCAUUCAAACCUAUCAGUAAUAUAGAGACUGUGCUCUAUUCUCAGUCCCACAAAUAACUGCUUUACAUACAGUCUAUGCAGAAAAUGUUGUAUGUUCUUGAUACACACUGGAGAUACAGAUGUUGCCUGCACAGUGAAACUUAUCAUAUGCCUGACAGGCAAAAGGCUGUAAACCUGGGACUAUGUGGGACAUGAUUAUCAGGUGUAGUAUAUGUGAUGGAUAGGGUUGUAUGAAAGAAACAAGUUUUAUGUUUUUAAAAUUUAGUACUUUACUGGUCAUUCACAGAAUGUGAUAGAUAUAGCUUUAAGGGUACAAGAAUUAUUUCAUGGAUUAUUUUAGAACUGAAACUCCUCAGUCCAAGGACUAAUCAGUGAAUUUUUAUGCAGUAUGGUCCAGAUUUGAAUGUGGCCUCAGAUAUAAUAGCACUGCUUUGCACUUCAAGUCUAAUGCCACAGUUGACUUUUGCAGGUCAAUUUGUUUUUAUAUAUGUAUAUGUAAACUUACAUAAAAUCUGAUACACUUUCUCUGUUUAUAUCUGUUGUUUUUAAUCACUCUCUGCAUCUCUCCCGAAAGUCCCUUUCACUCAAAGUGUGUUAGGUAACAGCAGUAACUAUCUACUGAAAGUGGCACAUCAUAAUGAAACGGUCAUCUUUAUAGCUGCUAUGUCCCGACUUCUAGUUAGAUUAUUGUGCGAUUUUGAAACUGGUUUUGUAUGCCAAAAGGUUCAAGAAUUUAUUUCAAAUUCACUUAUUCUAAGUUUGUGAGUACAUACAUAAUAAGUAAAAGAAAAUAGCUGUGGAACUCUUAAAGUAUUUUUAUCACACAGUAAGCAAAAUAACAAAGUCUGAUAUUACUGUAUAAUAUAAAUAAAUUCAUUGUAAUUAAAGAAGAGAAAUGAGAGUAGAAUAAUGCUGUUAGAUUUUGUGGAUAGUAAAUUUAAGUAAAUCAUGCCUUUUGAGAAAUUUAAACUAAGAUACAGAUAAUUUUAUGAUGCGUUUAUUGAUCAAGAUUGUUAUUGUAGAGGAGACAACAGAUUGCAUAAUGGCAAACUGUAUAUUUGACCUUUUUCCAGUCAUCUGGGGCCUUGUCCAAGGACAUUAAAACCAGUGCUGUAUUACUGUAAUAUAAAUAGUGCCUCAACUUAACAGACUCUUUAUGGCUCUGGCUUUCUAUAAGCAAUGUCCAUUAAGUACCAAAGACCCUGUAUACAUUAUAAACUGCCCUUAAAUAUUUUAUAGAUAUCUUACAGCUAACAGUAAUUCCAUAUAAACUAACUUCUACAAUACACUUAACAUUCAAUUCAACAGAUUUAUCUAAAAAUACAGUAAAUCUAAAAUGGUAGAAAAGGAUGAAAUAACAAUACUAUAAAAAUGUAGCUAUUAAAUACAUACAAAAGUUUUGUAGGCUGAAGUUAAGUGUAUAGGGGAAUUGUUUAGAGCACUACCUGAUUUGUAUCACAUAAAAUAUAUUUUUUAAACACAAGUGUUACAAAUGUCUCUUAUUUUCUUACACAUAUGGUAUAAUAAUUUAAAAAAUAGAAUUAU